AUGCAUAUGUUCAAUAUUUUUGUUUCUUGUAACACUUACAUGCUGAAUGUCAUGUCAAACAAAAGUGCGAUGAGACCAACACGGGGGGGCGUAUCAGAUUGAAAUAAAUCGCUAAAGUAAAUGCUAAAAUAUUCGCUAUACAUUAAUCGUCUUGUGGUUAUUAUGUUCAAUGAACCAUUUUAAUAUUAUCCACCGACAAGUAAACCUUCUGUUUGUUUUUAUUACAUCGGCUAUUUCGUGCGCUAUAAUCAUUAGAGCAUAAAGAAUUAAACUACUGUAAACAAGAAUAUUUUUGUUUAAAAUUUAUUUGUGUCUGAUAAGUUAUAUUGUGGCUGAUAAAAAUGAGAGUCUGAAGUGAUUGAUGUUCUCACUCUUGAGUAGCGGUACGGCAAAAAAAUGGCUGAUUUAAUACGUGCCGUGGGGGCGCCGAACGGACCCCCUGUAAUGCUAGGAUCGCCGUCGACGGAGUCUGAGGACGGCGGCGGCGAUCUGGCAGAGCUGGCAGCAGACCUUGAGCUGGAUGAGGCAGAUGGACCAAGUACUAAUGGUGAACGACAAGCAGUGCUAGCACCGCCUGAAACAGAAUGGUACCAUGGUCGCCUAGAUCGGUACACCUCCGAGGAGCGGCUGUAUGCUGCUGGCAAGCAAGGCAGCUAUUUAGUCCGAGAAAGCGAUCGCAAGCCGGGCUCGUACGUGUUGAGUUACUUGGGCCGCACUGGUAUAAAUCACUUCAGAAUAACAGCAGUAUGCGGCGACUAUUACAUAGGGGGUCGCCAGUUCGACUCCCUGACGGAGCUGGUGGGGUUCUACAGCCACUGCUCGGACCUGCUGAAGCGAGAGCGCCUGGUGGAGCCCGUGGCACCACCGGAGCCCGUCAACGAUAAAAAGAGAGUGGUGGCCAUUUUGCCCUACACGAAGAUGCCUGACACUGACGAGCUCACCUUCCAAAAGGGUGACAUUUUCUUUGUGCAUAACGACAUGGGCGACGGGUGGCUCUGGGUUACGGCUCAUAGGACUGGGGAGCAAGGAAUGAUCUUUAGAGAGCUGGUCGAAGACUUGGAUCCGUCUAUAGAUCCUAACACUGUGUUCUCCUGGUUCCAUCCCAACUGCACUAAGAGUGAAGCGGUGGACAUGCUCGUGAAAGCCGGCCCAGGGAGUUUCCUUGUCAGACCUUCCGACAACUCCCCUGGAGACUAUUCCCUGUUCUUCCAUAUCAACAAUCAGAUACAGAGGUUCAGGAUUGAGAAGAAGGGGGUGCGGUAUCUGAUGGGAGGGAGGACGUUCGAGUGUUUGGACGCGGUCAUCAAUAGGUACAGGAGAGAGCAGAUUGUGGAAGGGCAUACCUUGGGGCAACCACUAAUCGCCGAAGGCCACGUGAUCGAGCCGCAGCAGACAACAACCGGCGCGGCGGCCGAGAAGAUAUACGCCACGCUGCGCGAGUGCCGCGACCAGAUCGGCCUCAAAAAGAUGAAGGGCAUCAAGCAUCAGGGCUACCUCAACAAGAAGUCAGAUAAGGGCGCUAAAAAGUGGAAGGCACUGUACUUCGUGCUGCUGCAAGAGGGCACCGACACGCAUCUGUAUUUCUACGACUCGCCGAAGCGGACCAAGCCGAAGGGGCUGAUCGAUCUGUCGUGCGCGUAUCUGUAUCAGGUGCACGAGUCUCUGUGGGACCGGGCGUUCUGCUUCCAGCUGGUGGAGCGGGCGCUGCCGUGCCUGUCCACGCACACGUUCCUGGCGGCCAACAGCGCGGCCGACGAGCGCGCGUGGCUCGACGCGCUGCGCCCGCUGUGCGUGCAGCAGGCGCGCCACCAGUGCAAGGUGGCGCGCGUGGUGUGGUUGCGCGCGCUGCGCGUGCGGUGCCUGACGGCGCACCGGCUGCCGGCGCGCCUGGCGCCGCGCCCGCACCUGCGCCUGGCGCUGGGCGCGGCGCCCGUGGCGCGCACCAAGCCCCGGCCCUCGCCCGACCCGCACUGGGACGACGAGUUCGUGUUCGAUGACGUGCCUCCAGAUGUGACGUCAUUCACGAUCACUGUUCACAACACGGGAAAGAGGGGAAAGGAAUCCGAGGUAGCGGAGCUAACCAUUGAACUGGCGAACCUGGCCAACGGAGAGGAGAUCGAAGAGUGGUAUCCACUGGCAGGAAUGACACCUAUUGGCGAAUGGGGCUCCCUGAGGCUACGUAUUAGGUACAUGCAGGAACUGGUGAUGCCGCGCGAGGAAUACAAUCCGUUGCGUCAAUUGCUAUUAGAGCCAGGCUUGCCGGCUGUCAAGGCCCUAGCUGAUCUAUGCCGCACGGACCGACAGCCGCUCGCCACAUCGCUGCUGCACGCGUUCACGGAGUGCGGGCGCGGCGCGGAGCUGGCGCGCGAGCUGGCGGGCGCGGAGGUGGCGCGCGAGGGCGACCACCGCACGCUGUUCCGCGGCGCCUCGCUCGCCACCGCCGUCGCCGACGAGUUCAUGCGCGCGCAGUGCAAGCCCUUCCUGCAGGCAGCUAUAUCAGAAACAGUUCAGAAAUUAUCGAAUGAAACCAAGCAGUCCGCAGAACUGAACCCCACUAAAAUGGACUCCCCAGACGACGCAUGUUCUAACGCAGAAUACCUUCUUCAGAUUCUGGACCAGAUAACACACUCAAUAUUCAUGUCGCACGAAACAUGCCCACGGCCCGUGCGCUACCUAUGUGGAUGCCUGCAGCGUGCCGCGAUGGCCAAGUGGCCCAAUGAGAGAUUCGUGCGCACCCGGGUUGUAUCAGGGUUCAUCUUCCUGCGGCUGAUCUGCCGCGCGCUGGUGGAGCCGCGCGCGUGGGGGCUGGUGGCGGCGGCGCCCUCGCCGCACGCGCAGCGCUCGCUCGUCAUGGUCGCCAAGUGCCUGCAGAACCUGGCCAACCUCGUCGAGUUCGGCGCCAAGGAACCAUACAUGGAAGUAGUGAAUCCCUUCAUAUUGAAGAAUAAGGAGCGGAUGGUCGUGUUUCUCGACCAACUGAGCAAUAUGCAAGAGCCUGGAAAUGCGCCGCCCAACUCCAAUAACAACCUCGAUAUUGCUAAAGAACUAGCGACGCUGCACCACAUCUGCGUGUCGCACCUGGCGGAGCUGCAGGCGCUCGCCAAGACGCAGCCCGCCAUCAGGAAGCUGGUCACCGUCACCGAGAUGCUCACCAAGCACAAGCACAAGUACCUGGAGAUGAUCAGAUAGGACGCGUCACGUGACACAGGGUAAACACUACAAGGCCGAAGAAGCACAAGGCAUCUCCGGAAAGACUAAUCCGACUUAAAGCGUAGUCAUUAGGUUUAGCGUUGAGUCUGCAUUCAAAGUUACGUUCGUGCGUUCUCGUGCCAAACUUUUGUAAUCAUAUUUAUGAUCAAUUCUGGUGCCUUUUUCAUAAACCACAAGCCUUGUAGGCGUUAAAUUGUUAUUUUAUAUGACAUGACGCGCUAAAUGUUAUUUUAUGAAGUGGGCACCGGGAUGCGCUUAAUUUCUUAGCUGAUAUGAUUAGUUUAAGCCAGGCGAAACAAUGUGUAGGCACUGUAGCCUAAAUACAGGGCUGAGAAGUUAGCGUUCUUCAAAUUGGUUAAGAAUAAUGAGCGACUUAUAGAUACUCGAAGUUAUGAUAUUUAGAUAUAUUUUUUUUAGGUUUGUUCGUGCUGCUUGCGUAUUUGUUUUUAGCCUCGACGUAAAAAAGAGGGGCGUUGACGCCAAUGCGAAUUUCCUUGCAGUGGUUCUUAGAUAUGUUUGAUAAAAAUCGUUCCAGCAGUUUGAAGCGUUUCAGCUGUACCAAAAUGAUGCGAGGCAUUUUUUUGCAUAGGGAUUUUUUUCAUUUAAUAGUUCUAAAAAUAUUUUGUAAGAUUUAUUUGUUUUCUUCCCGAAAACACCUUCCGAUAGCAAUAUAAAUGUUAGCAAAAAUCAUGUUUAGGCUACGUCCGCAUCUAGGCUUAAAAAGGGUGCUUUUAAUUGGUGUCUAAACCAAGCCAAAUAUCAUGACUUUGAGUAUUUAAAAGGGUAGGUUCAUAGCGCGAUGAAUAGUCGACUUAUUUAGGCAAACGAAUGCUCUCUAGUAUUUAACGCGUAUUUAUUGGUAGCCGCGUAAUGUAUUAUUUGUAGUUAAGUUUAAUAAUCUUCCUAAUGAACAGCGGCGGUGUUUAACAUGGUAAUUGUAUUAUUGUACUUGUGUUAUUGAAUUAAGAUUUGCGGAGAAUUUUGUUUGUCCAAGCCAAGUUGCCAGAUAUAAAAAGGCUGUUCAUAUAUAACGACGUGGCGUUCUCCUGAAAUACUUUGGAACAUGUUAGUAAAUGCAGUCACCAAGUUGUUUAUCUUUUUAAUUACAAUGCUACUGUAAAUAGUGAAUUCACUGACAAACUUUCAAAUACAGGCAGUUAGAAAAACAUUCGCUCAUAAUGUAAGGAAUGCAAUAUAGUAUGAAAACUACCUUUUGUGUGAAUUACAUGUGUUGCUGUUAAGACUCAUCUCAGUCAGAGGCGUAUUUAAAUAUUUGGCGCUACGGGCCAUUUAGAUUCGCCGCCCAAUUAAGUGAUGAUAAUGUAUUUCAUUUAAGGAAAAAACCCUGUUUUGCCGCCAUUUCCAGCCUGCCGCCCCGAGCCAUGACCUGUUUGGCCCUAGGGUAAAUACGCCCCUGAUUUCAGUGACACAAGUAUAAUAUUGGUAGUUAAUCCGCCAUGAACAAUCGAAUUAAGUAUAUUAAUUUUAUAUUUUUAACAAAUUAUAUUGGAAUUGCUUUAAAAUAGUUUACAUAAUAAAAAUAUUAAUUUUAUUUUGUCAAUACUCCUUAAAUAAUCUUUUAUAUUGUAUGAAUAUUAUUACUUUUAGACAUUUAUACACGAGUAUUAUCCUAAUAUUCAAUGUAGUGGUUAAGAGUACAAUUAUAUUGUGUCGCGGCGGUGGCGUUAGCAAUAUGAAAAAAAAUAGUAUUAUAUUUGCUCAAAUUUCAACAUUAUCAAAAUUCAAAAAUAGACGAUGUUUCGUUUGCACAUUGAUUGAACAAUUUGAAACCGUAUUAACUAAGUGACUUAGCUUAUUACCUAAUGAGGAUCUACGAGUCUGACCUCCAGUUGUGUAAUGGAAGAGUGAUAAGCAUUUUACGAUUUUUUAGAAGUUUCGACUGCAAUCGAUAAUCGAUUGAUCAUACUCCGAAAAUUACACCCAUCUUUAAUGUAGCUGAAACGCGGCCGCCGCAAUCGCCGGGCAUUUAGAUGUAGAACAUUAAUUUUAGUGUUAUACAACGUGUUACACCAACUACUGAAAGACCCUCGAUUGAUUUAUUAUAAUUUUAAUUCCAAAGUUUUAAGUACCUAUUUAUAGUCAGUCAAACAAGUAUGUCAGUAGAAAAAGGCGCGAAAUUAAAAUUUUCUAUGGAUCGAUAACCCUUCGCGUUUAAUUUUUUUUUAAUUGCCGCUUUUUUCUACUGACGGAAAUGACUUUAUAAUUAUCACUUUAUUUAACAUUUGCAAUGUCAAAAUGUGGCAAUAUCGUAACGUUUAGAAUGACAGUACCUCACUUUGUUCUAUUCCAGUCGCUGCAAAGUUAGCUUAGACGGACUCUAAAAUACAAAAAAAAACGACUUAAUUAGGUUCAUAAAAGUUUUUUAAUAGUUGGUGUUUUAAUGUUGUACAUUCGACCAUCACGCAUAAACACCAAAAAUGUUUAAAAGGAAUGAUUGUGGUUUGUGAUAGUUUGAGAAGUAUGGUGUUACAUAGUUAUACAAGGUGUAACAAAAAUAGUGGGGAUCCGUUAAAGGGCAUAUUCGUAUCGGUAUCGUGUUCUGAGUAGAAGACAAAAAAAAAUACGCAAAAAAUGUUUGGUCUUUGUAUGGAUCAGAGAUGGCCGACUUAGACGACCUGUCCAAUAGAAAAAAAAUAUCGCGACAAUUUUUAUUUUCUAUUUUUUCCUAAUCAGAACACGAUACCGAAUAUGCGUUACCGAAUACCUGAAGCGGAUCUCCACUAUUUGUUACAUCUAAUAUGUAUUCAAAUUGAUGUGAAGGCGUGAACUGCACCGACACAGCACCUAGUCUAAUGACGAAUUGUUUACAAAUCGAAUGUAACCGAUUUUCUGUCUCUGUGAUAAUAUUCAUCACUUUAAUUCGUCUCAAUUUGCACUUCUGUGAUUACUUUGUAUUUGAUCAGCUUUAUUUUAUGCUCUUAUACUGCCUACGUGUUUCGUGUUUUUUUGGCUGGCUAAAGGUUUUGAAACUGUGAUGUUUGAAUCACAAGUUCCACAUUGUCUUCCCUUGGCUGGCAGGGAUUCAUUCCGAAUGGCUCAAAUAAUAUACAGACUUAAAAAUGCAUUUCUAGUGCCAUAAUAUUGUGUACUUAUUUGUAUAUAUCUAAUGGCUGUUAUUGCGACUUACACAAUUAAUAUUCUACGAUCAAACCGUUUUUCAGCAGUUUUUGCUAAAAACUAAGCUUUAAAAUAAAAUAAAAAUUGUGACGUUCUAGCGUUAAAAAUAGCGCUUAAACGUUAAAAAGAUUUCUAACUGCAACUUAUUCACAACCAACAAAGUGAUACUUAUUGCCAGAGAAUGACUAAAUAAGGAGAGGUAUGUAUGCUCAGAACUAGUAUACAGAAAAUACCUACUAAAAGUUACACAAUUUACUCAUUACGUCAUUAUACACGUCGCUGAUAGAAAAUGCCACAAUCGGUCUGGGCAAGUGGGCAUGCCUCACCUUAAUUUAGUUGCUUCUCUUACUAUAUUGUAAAAUAGUUCUUUAUUGCAAGGCAGUGACGUCUGCUUCGGAAUUCCAGUUUUAGAACAUUGAAGUGUCCUUUGUGAAUAGACUCCUAUAGAAUUGAAUAGUGUCAGUAUGUUAACAAAGAAAAAUGUCGCACUUGUGGCUUACCCAUUAGGCAGUAGAGUUGGCGCGUUAGUCUGGCCGGCUAAACUUUUCCGUAGUCCCAUCAGAUUGCCUUGAUUGCAAGUUUGUGAAAAAAAUUUGACGCGCAUAUAAAGAUAGAGAAACUAAAUAUUUAUUUCCCCUUUCUAACACAAAUGCCAAAUCAAAAUUAUGGACAAACGAUUAUCAAGAUGUAAUCAUUGCAGGUAGCGAGAUUAUUUGAUUGUCCAUUGCCCUUUAAAGCUAUUAGAACUUAUGUGGUUUAAUAAGUUUAGCCUUUUUAAUCCCUAAUUUUUAAUAAAACUCUUAAUUCAUAAUAAAUACCGGGAUCUCGGGAGUGAUCAGGAAAGUUUCGGUAUUAAUACCGGUAUUUGAAAGCCCUAAGAAGCGUUUAUGAAUAACGCCAUUAUUAUUAUUUGCAAUGGUACAGAGCUAUUUACUGGUAAGUUUGGCCGGUCUGACUAGCUUAAAAUUAUAAACAGCCGAGUGUCGAGGCAAUUUCGAAAAUUGUUGUAGGUUCACGCGUUCUUCGGAGUUGGAGAAAGUUUAGGCCAUUCCUAUUUCUAUGUAUAGCCGAGGACUUCGUGGUUCGAGUUUGAUAUCUAAACUAGAUGGCACUGUAUGGCUCCAGUGGCGGGGAAAGACCAAAAUAUGUGGGCAAGGUACAUUUAUCGAAGCCCUCUGGUGGCGCAAGAAAUAACUAACAUUAUUACGUUUUGUGUCCGAGAUAUACUUAUACUUAUAUGAGGUGCGAGGCCCCUCAGACCGCGAGGCCGUAGACGGCGGCCCACGUCGCCCACGCCUAACACCGCUUCUGUAUGGCGCCAUAAGUUUUGUGAUCACUUUUUAAUUCCUGGUAAAAUCCAUAAACACAUGAGUAAGUAGGAAUAAUCUAAAAUUUCUCGGAAUCUUAGGCACUCUUCUACGGCGAUUUCUCAAAACGCCCAUUGAGUAUAAGUAGUAUGGAUCAAUGCAUCGAAGUUGUGACGGUUCCGUUGUUGUGUAGCGAUAGGUUGUAGCUCUAGUGGUGUGUCGUCGCUGUAUUUAAGUGUUAUCUAGCUUACGAUAGACAAUGUCUAGACUGAAUUACGCUCCAAUUAAUUAGAUGUGUUAGUGCACUUAGAUUUUCCACGAAAAGUGAUAAAUAUGCAAUAUUCGGCCCAUUUGAUAGUUUUUUAUACUAAAAUUCAGAGGUUAUUAUCCUUGACGAUUAACAUUUGGAAACAUUUUUAAAUAAGCACUUGUAUUUAAUUUAAUGUUAGGACUCUAUGGUUAAUUUGACAGGGGAACUUUUACAAGGAAUUGUGGGUUUUCGUAAAUGGGGGUUCGGGUUGCGAGCUUGGUUCAUGAGACAUUCUUCACCCUUUACUAUGAGCAUUAGUCAGUCAUACUUGUAAGUUUAAUGAAAGUAGUGAUUAGACUAGUUCACAAUUCACAACACGUAACAUUCAAAUAAAUAUGAUUUUUCUCAAUUUAGUUUUAGUUAAAAAAUGAUAAUUGUUUUACAUACAACAUGUUUCUUUUUCAACAUCCGGCCAUAAGUACUGCGUGGAUUGAAUAUGUUGGUCAGAGACCAACCCGAAAAUUGCGAAAACAGUCAAUUUUUAGCGCGUAUUUGAGAUUUUUAUCAGCAUAUUGUAAAUGAUGAUCAACUUUCUAAGAAUAGGUACUUAUUCAAUUUGGAGUGUGGUUAGAUGUUGAAAAAACUCCUUGUAUUGAUGUUAUUUUAUUCGAUCUGCAAUAUAGAUAAAAUGACAUGCUUCAUGUAAAUGCACCUUUAAAUUUUAAAAUAAUUGAAUAAUUAACACUAUAACAUAAACAUUAAUUAUUUUAUAGUAGCCAUUAAAAUUACUUCACUUGUUAAAAUAUCUGCAUUUAAAACACAGCUGUUCACAAGUAUUAAAUCAUACUUUUAUUGUGUCUCAAUAAUGCAAGUCUGUUCUUGCUGUAAUGGUAUUGAUUUUAGAUUUUGUGACUAUUUUCUAUCCCUUAGUGUAUGUAUACUGUUUUCCAUGAAAUUUUUAUGUGCUAGAAAUCAAGUCUCAUUAAAAUUUUAACUAUGAAAAUAUAAA